AUGACUAUUCACAAUUUGUAUAUCUUCGACCGAUAUGGGUCGCUUCUGUAUUACGGUGAAUGGAAUAGAUCUAAACAAUCUGGCAUGUCCAGAGAGGAGGAAGGGAAAUUAAUGUAUGGGAUGUUGUUUUCCAUCAAAUCUUUUGUAGCAAAGAUAUCACCGUUAGAUCCAAAAGAUGGUUUUAUGCAUUACAAGACUACAAAAUACACCUUGCACUGUCUAGAAACACCUUCCGGAUUAAAAUUUGUCAUGAACACUGACAAUCAAGCGCAAGGUGUUAGAGAAUUGUUGAAGAGAAUUUACGGAGAAAUCUAUGUGAAGUAUGCUAUAAGAAAUCCAAUGUGUGGUAUUGGAGAGCCAAUAAUUAGUGAAAUUUUUAAGAAUAAAUUAGAUGCUUUUAUUAAACAGACACCUAUCCAUGUUAGAGCUUCUUGA